CGCUAGAACUUUGCAUUUGACAACCUGUGCGUUUUCUCGAUCAGCCGGCCAGUCGUUGUGACUUCAGUUGAGAAGUUGUCACCCGCCGGUGUGGUGCUAUUACUCCGGGUCUGCUGCCGCUACACUUAACUGUAUAUUGGGUCUUACCAAUAUUUAUAGUUAUGUGCCUUGCUUUGUGCUAACUGUUGUUUAGGUGCUUUACUACUGAUCACUUUCACGCGCGACGUUUCAGUUUGUCACAAGAUUUCCCACUUUGACAUUCGCAAUUUAUUCGACUGCAGUGUAACGGUGUUUUUUUUAAUUAAAUAAAAAUGAAAGUGCUUUUGCUGUUGGCCACAUUUUGUGUGAUUUACCAAGCAACCUCCGCUUCCCGUUUUGGCUAUUCGGAACCGAACCAACGACGUUGGGCUCGCCAUCAUGGACACUGCGCGGGCAAGACGCAGUCACCAAUCGCAGUGCACUCGUCUAAAUCCAUUCCACUGAAUAUGCCAGCUGUAGACAUGAUUGGUUAUCACAACUUGUUACCAAACCCAUUGGUGAUGGUUAACAAUGGUCAUACUGUCGCCAUCAACAUACCUAAACUCACCGAUGAGGAGAAGGCGAACGCUGAUUUUAUGCCAUACGUGCGUGGCGCUAAGCUGCCGGGCGAAUUUGAAGUGGAGAGUGUGCACUUCCAUUGGGGCGAUAAGAACAAUCGUGGCGCUGAGCAUGUGAUCAACGACAUCCGUUACACCAUGGAAAUGCAUAUUGUGCAUCGCAAUAAGAAAUACGCAACACUCACCGAUGCGUUGGAGUUUGCCGAUGGUGCUGCUGUGCUGGGAUUCUUUUUCAAUUUAGAUGAAGAUGAAAGCGCAGGCUUGACGUCGAUUUGUCGCCACUUGCAUUUGAUACCGGAAGCCAAUGAUGCUGUCAAUUUGACGAUUACCUUCUCAUUGUCAUCCCUGAUUGCCAAUGUAGAUGUGGAUAAAUUCUAUACAUAUAAAGGUUCACUCACGACGCCACCUUGCUCGGAGGCCAUUACAUGGGUGCUCUAUCCCGAUCCCAUACCAAUCUCACCGAAGCAGAUCGCGCGAUUCCGUCAACUGCAAGAUACUCAAGAUGGCGCUCUUGUCGAUAAUUACCGUCAAUUGCAAUCAAUUGGCAAUCGUCGCGUUUUUAUGCGUAACGGCAAUACGAAGCAUACACACGUGGAGGCGUUGAAAAAGGAAUUGGACUACAAGAAAUGGGAUUGGUACAACUGAUUCGUUGGCGGAACACAAAUCUCGUAGUGUCAUAUCGCUUGUAGCAUUUCGAUAUCAGGCAGUAAUUUUUCCUGCGUUUGCUUUUAAGUUAAUUGAUUAUUCUAUUUAUUACAAAUAUACGUACUUAAGCGCAUUCUUUAUAAAGUUCGCUUGACGUCUGCUCAUGUUUUAGCAAUCGCAUUUAAUGUUUCUGAUUUCACUCUUAUUGGAGUUAUAUGCUAAUAAGCGAAUCAAAUUGCAUAAGUAAUAAAAUUAGAAUUUUUAAAUACA